AUGGCGGGCGCCAGCAGCAGCGCUGGCGCGCGGAAGGCGCGGCGCCAGCGGUCCAACACCAAAGCGAUGUUCCGCAUGCGGUGCACCCAGAGGCAAGCUCCCGGCAUCGACAGGUUCGCACCGGUGCGGUUGGUGGUCUUCGACUUCGACGAGUGCCUGACGCUGCUGACCUACGACGUCCGCGAGACCGACCCCCCCGCGACUCAGGAGAAGUACAUCAGGCUCAACUUCGAGUCUCCCUGGGUUGACGGCAGCCGGCUGGCCUACCUGAGGCGCAUGUUGAAGGACAUCGCCACCUCCGUAGACGGACAGCCGAGGUGCAUCGCUGUCCUGACUCGGAACAAUAUGGGUGUCAGGGCGGUGCUGACCAUUCUCAAGUUGGCCGGCCUGGCGGACCACUUUAGCGCGGUGUGGAGCAUCCCUUACCGAGCUGGGAACCGGCACGGCGCGUACCGGGACAGGAGAGGGUCGUGGUUGAUGUUCGACCCGCCCAUCCUCGACGUGCCGGACCACAAGGCUGACGUGCUGCAGCACAUGGCUGACCACCCCGUCCAGUGGUUCCCGCAGGCGGCCAACGGCCGGAGGCCCCCGAGGUUGAGAGAGCUCUUCGGAAGCGGCGUCGGCAGCACGCUGAAGCUCGAGGAGUUCGUGCUGGUGGACGACCAGCGGGCAAACUUUCAGAGCGCCUCGGGGGCCCAGGUGCUGAGAUACGGCAAGGUCGCCCGGUACGACGCGCCGUACAGCAACAUGGGCGUCUGCAAGAACAUGGGCGGCAUCGGCGCCCACAGCGAGCUGGACUACAGGACGCUGAAGAGGUUCGUGGAGGAGCCUUGGCUGUACAGCGAGACCCUGCAGGUGGCGUGCUAUGAGCAGGGCAUUGAGGACAACGAGCGGGUGCCCGUGGAGAUCGUUGUGUUCGACUUCGACGAGACGCUGACCAUUGCGACCUUCAUGCCGCAGGAGCGCGGCUUCCGGGAGGAGGUGGGUUUUUGGUUCUUCGACCAUCGUCCUCUUCCGACUGGACCCGUUCCAGCUUAG